CGACAUAACAACCUAACAAAGCGUGCAGACUGCAAUAACAAAUUUUAUGAAAAUAAUAAGACUCGUGCUGUGUAUGGACAAUCGAAAAUUAAUAAAUAAAAUAACCGAAUUUGUUUAUAGAUCGUCGUGCGCAGACUACUACUGUCAAGGGUUGAAGGAAAGCCUACAUAAAUUCGACGCCGCUGCGCUGCGAUCCGAGAGCCAGCUUGGGACGAGGGCGUAAGUCCUCUCACGUACAGGAAGACGAAACGGGAUAGUUGCGCGACUUAUGUGUGCCUGCUAGUCAGCGAUUUAGCAUACGAGCUAGCCAGUAUUUGACAAACUAUCCUAUCCUGUUUUAUUGUUCGGGUUUGGGCGAUGGAAGAAUUACCGUUUUUCUAACUCCUGCAUUGUCUGUCGGUGAAUUCAUACUCAAGUGGUACAGUAUGUCCGAACCCAAGUUUCGAUGGAAUACGUUGUAAAUUUGUAAGCCAAUUUCAGUUUUGGAGCUACGAAUUGCGUGCAAUGCAGCGUCGAGCUCCACCUCCAGUAAAUCGUAAUGCACCGGACAAUCACCGUUCUGGGAUCGUCCAGCAACUCCCUACACUUCCCGCUGAUACCAUCGGUGCUGCGGCCGCUUUCCAAACUGCUGAUACCAAUAGGUUGAUCGAUAUACUUGGCAAACCCUCGGCUGUUCGUUUGGCCCAUUUCAACGGGCAAUUUAAUGGCAAUAUUUUGCAACGCGAUGCUGAAAUCGUCACACAGUCCUGUAGCGAAAAAGCGUGUCAAGCGCAGUAUCCAGCGGUUCCGCAUACGGUGGAUCCAAAACACCGUCGCCCAUUAGCGAAAUUUUUACGCCUAAUGGAAGAUGCUGUUAUGGAACAACUGGAACUCAAUAUGAUUUGUGAUACCGAAAAAAAUUACGAUGUGGAACUGGAAUUCAAAACGGACAGUCUGGACUUCUUAGCCUCGCUUGACCGUAAUCACCUUUCUGUUCAGUGCUGCACAUCCCUCUGUUGGAAUUCUGCCGGUUCGCUACUCGCAGCAAGCUUUGGAGAAAAAGGUCAUGACACAUUCUGCGAUCACAAGGGAGGCGUCAUUGUAUCGAAAACAAAUCGGAUAACCAUGAAAAGCGAGCUUCGAUCUUACAUCACAUGCGAAACUGACACCUGCAUUUCGUCUACAGCUUUCCAUCCACGCAGACCGAAUCUGCUUGCAGCCGCAGGAUGUAAUGGACAAAUUUUUCUGUGGGAUAUAGUAGCCGCAACCCCGGCUACUGCAAAUUUAAUAGGAGCCAGUGGCAUGCGAAUUGCCGGGGGUCACAGCGAAUUGAUAUCCUGCAUAAGGUGGAUUCCGAUGGAUAUUAAAAAGCGAACUUUCAUGAUUUUAACCGGGGCUUGUGAUGGGCGGCUAAUGACAUGGAUAAACCAAACUGCGCAAAAACAGAGCAGUUCCACUGCUGUGGCAAACAUCGUGCCACGCAGGCACACAACUGUCGAAUCUGGAGCUAUUCAAACGCACAACCAAGAGAACACGGGAAAUUGUGGCGUGUCCAGUUUAAGUACGCAAUCGCAAACGGACGACGGGUACUGCAUCGUGGGAACAGAUACGGGUGCCGUUCUUCUGUGCAAUACACAGCGGUUUACGGACGCGAAGUUACCAAUUACGGUGACAGCAACAGCACUGAAUUUCGUUCGACAUUUGGGACCAGUUACAUGUGUAACAUUUUCUCCGUUUUCGACGAAAUGUUUUGCCACAACAUCGCUUGACGGGAGACUGAAAAUAUUUCAAACAACUACGAGUCGACCUUUAUUGGAAGUCGCGAUAUUAGAACAGCCAACGUCCUGUGCAUGGUCACCGUUUCGUCCGUUUGUACUCGCCGUUGGCACUAUUACGGGAACAAUUUUAUUUUUCGACUUUAUUUCUUUGAAUGGAAGAUCUGCCCCAGUUAAAAAAGCUGCCAUAUCCGAAAAUCAGGAAGAAAUCUCCUGCUUAGCCUUUAAUAUUAAAGAUGAGGAACUUCUGGCAGUUGGCGGCAAAAACGGAGUCCAGCUGUGGAAAGUGCCAGACGCGCUUGCCAAACCCAUCUUCGACGAGAUAAAGGAUUUCCAGUCGUUUAUACAAUCCGAAUACUGAUAAAUUCAGGAACAUCAAAGAAAUGAUCCAAUCAGUCCGGUUUUGCAUUCACUUCCGCUGUAUGGCAAUAUUUUUCCAGCCGCUGUAAGAACUCCGCUCUUAAAGCAGCGACUUCUUUAUCAAUGUGAGCUUUAAGUCUUUCCUCCAUUGAUAAUAAGUCCAGUUUGAGACUGUCGAUUUUUUGAAACAACACGUGCAUAGGCAAUAUUUGCUCCGGCGAAAUUGUGGACGGAAGUUUUCCCACAUUAGAUAUCGUAGCUGUGAUCGGAUGUGUUCGGGUUGCAUAAAUGUGGAAACCAAAAAAUGUGAUUGUAG